CCGCGCCGCCCCGGCCAAUCGCGGCGCGCGGCGGCGGCGCGCGGUGACAGCGAGCGGCGCUUACGCCGCGGCGCCCGGCGCGGCCCCCGCUCCCCGCCCCGCGCCCGCCCGCCUCUCCAGAGCCGUCUGGCUGCAGCAGAGCCUCAGACAGAGGAGGGGAGAGGAGGAAAAAAAAAACGCUGAGUGAGUGGAGUGGAGCCUGGGAGGGGCUCCUUAAAGAAACGCUGCCGCCGCUUGGCAUUGUGGCCGGCGAGGAACUCGAGGGGGGGAAGCCAUCGGAGCUCCUCUCGCUUAUCCUCUUCCCACCCCCCCCACCCCACCCCCAGCCGACAAAAAAAAAAAGGAAAAAAAAAAAAAAACAACAAGCCAACCGAAAAAAACCUCGGGGGGGGAGUCGUGGGGGGGAUCCUGAGAACAUCUUAUAAACCGGAUUGCACUGAGAGGAGGAAAAAAAAAAGCAAAAAAGAUACAAAAUAUACAAGCAAAAGGCAACAAUUCCCCGGUCUCCAGCAGUCGCCCACCCUCCCUUUCCUUCUCUCCUGCUGGCCAUCUGCCUUGGGUUCUCCUUUGUGUCUGAUCUCUUACUACUGAGCCGAGCGCAGGCGGAGGGUGCACCACACACAGGGACUAUGCCCAGCUCGCUUUUUGCAGACAUGGAGAGGAACGGGAGCGGCGGCGGCGGCGGUGGUGGUGGUGGUGGCGGGGGAGAGACCCUGGAUGACCAAAGAGCCCUUCAGAUCGCCCUGGAUCAGCUCUCCCUGCUGGGGCUGGACAACGACGAGACGGGCUCCAUUUACGACAACGAGCCUCGGAAAAAGAGCGUGAACAUGACUGAGUGCGUCCCGGUGCCCAGCUCGGAACAUGUCGCUGAGAUAGUGGGGAGACAAGGUUGUAAAAUCAAAGCUCUGCGGGCAAAGACCAACACCUACAUCAAGACCCCGGUUCGCGGGGAGGAGCCGCUCUUUGUUGUGACGGGCAGAAAGGAAGAUGUGGCCAUGGCCCGCAGGGAGAUCAUCUCUGCGGCCGAGCACUUCUCCAUGAUCCGAGCCUCGCGGAACAAGAACACAGCCCUGAACGGCACCGUUCCCGGCCCCCCGAACCUGCCCGGCCAAACCACCAUCCAGGUGCGGGUGCCUUAUCGCGUGGUGGGCUUGGUCGUGGGGCCCAAGGGGGCGACCAUCAAGCGCAUCCAGCAGCAGACGCACACCUACAUCGUGACCCCGAGCCGGGACAAGGAGCCGGUCUUUGAGGUGACAGGCAUGCCAGAGAACGUGGACCGGGCCCGGGAGGAGAUCGAGGCGCACAUCGCCAUGCGCACCGGCGGCAUCAUCGAGCUGACGGACGAGAACGACUUCCACGCCAACGGCACGGACGUGGGCUUCGAGCUGAACGGCACGGGCAGCCUCUGGAGCAAGCCCACGCCUCCCAGCAUCACACCCACCCCGGGCCGCAAGCCCUUCUGCAACUACCGCAACGACAGCUCCAGCUCGCUGGGCAGCGCCUCCACCGACUCCUACUUCGGGGGCGGCACCGGGGGGGGCGGCAGCGCCCGCCUGGCCGACUACAGCCCCCCGAGCCCGGCGCUGAGCUUCUCGCACAACGGCAACAACAACAACAACAGCGCCAACGGCUACGUGUACGGCGGGGGCGGCGGCGACGUCCUCUCCUCCCCGGACUGCUGCUCCGAGCUGCCCUUCGACUCGCCGCCCGGCUUCGACCUGGCGCCCGCCCCGCCGCCCGGGGCCGCCCUCCUCUGGCCGCAGUUCGAGCGCGGCCCCGCCGCGCCGCCCUCGCCCGCGCCCUCGCCCGCCGCCGCCGCCGCCUUCCCGGGCGCCGCGCCCGCCAAUGCCAACCUGGCGCUGCUGGUGAGCGGCCCCCGGCGCGGCGCCGCCCCGCCCCCGGCGCGGCUCUCCCCGCCCCUGCACGGCAGCGCGGCCGGCACCGAGCACCCGCUGGCGCGGCGGGUGCGCAGCGACCCCGGCGGGCGGCUGCUGGCCGCCUCCUACCCGCUGUACGCCAACGGGCUGGGCGCCCACCUGCCCGGGCUGCCCUCCGACUCGUCCGCCUCGUCCUCCUCCUCGUCCAGCUCCUCGUCCAGCUCCUCCUGCUCCUCCUCUGGCGUGCGGCGGAAGGGCAGCCGCGACUGCUCGGUGUGCUUCGAGAGCGAGGUGAUCGCGGCGCUGGUGCCCUGCGGCCACAACCUCUUCUGCAUGGAGUGCGCCAACCGCAUCUGCGAGAAGACGGAGCCGCAGUGCCCCGUGUGCCACAGCGCCGUCACCCAGGCCAUCCGCAUCUUCUCCUGAGCGCCGCGGGCACGAACCGGGGGGGCCGGGGCCGCCGCCCGCCGAGGGGUGCGGGCUGCGGCCGAGGGAGGGCUGGGGGGUGGUGUGACAGCGGGUGCAUGCUAUAAAUAAUAACGGGCGACUCCAUUCUAGUGCUAGGCUAGUUUUUACACUGUACUUUAAUACGAAGCUUCCAAAACUCCCCUUUUUUUAUAAACAAACAAACAAACAGAAAAAAAAAAUAGAAAAAAAAAUUUGAAAGUAGAAGAUGCUUAUGAUGAUGACAAUGGUGUGUGGACUGUUAGUAAAACGUGCUGGUAGUUCUAGGAUGCUUAUUACAAAAUAAUUAAAUCUAUGGGUGGAUACUUUUCUGAAUGUUCAUGAAAGGGCAAGAAGUUCCUGUGAAAAACCAUGAUACUGCAGCUUUAUCAGACUUUUAAAAAGAAAAAAGAAAAAAAAAACCAACAAAA